AUGGCUGACAGUGAUCUUAUUCGUCUCGCUAAAGAUCAGAUGGCGCUUCCUGCCACCGCUCCCGUCUCUGUGAUCCCAAAGUGUUAUCUUGAAGAGCUCAAGCUCCAUCUGGUGCUGUACCCCCACGACGAUAACUUUCGGGUCAUAUUGCAACCUAAACAUGGGUUUGGCUUCCUUACCUGUUUGGAAAAAGGCUGCAAUAACGAGACCAUAUCGCUGGGAAAACGCGUCAAAACGCAUGAUGGAGGACGUCGCGAAGGCUUCGGAUCAUUGCUUGAAUACAGGAAACAUAUUGAAUCCCACGCGACUCACGCGAAGAACAGAUUGGCGCGCAUUAAAGCUAAAUUGAGGGCGCCGCAAACAACACAUGUUGGCCACACACCUGAAUCAUCAUCCACUCCGGUCAAACGAGAGUCUACCGCGUCUUUGUUGCCCUCUCAUGCGUCUAGAACCACCAGCAGACGUUCCUCUGGUUUGGUCCGCAUCAAGCCGGAGUUGGAGGAGUCGACGAUUCCUCGCAAGCGCCUAUCGGAUACGCCCUUUGGUGUGCUCGGAAAUCCAUCAAGUGGCAAACCGGUUUCCAUCAAAAAGCUCAAGACCGAGCCAACACCCAAAACACCCCUUGCCCCUCGCUCCAACACCUUCACAGCAUCUGAAUUGCCUACCUCUCGCGCUGUUCCACCGCCUCCAGAUAUCCAGGAAAUACGCGCUCGUUUACAGGAGGUACAGGCCCAAAUCGCAGCGGUACAGACAUCUCACGACCGCAUCAAGCGCAAAACCAAGAAGUCAAAGGCGGAUUUGACGAGGAUGAGCGGGUAUAUGCAGGAACUAGAGACGCUCAACAUGCUCAAAGCUGAGUACAACGCAGCCAUCCCCUCGAUGUCUCCUUUGAAAAGGACACAUUCUAUGGCGUCGUUGCACUCCCCAACAAAAUCGGAAAACAUCUUUUCACGCCCCUUCCCUGGUUCUGGCGACAACGACAUGCUUCCCCAACCGUUCGAUAAACAAGUAGCCAAAACCGAAAGGAAGCCUUUCGUCCUUUUCUCAAAUGCGGACGCUUGGCCCGCAGUCGACUCCAAACCCGUCUCUGUCGAACGGAAGCCUUUCCCCGUGGUUGCCGAAAAUGCGUUCUAUGAAUAUAAGCCGCAACAACCAGUCGCAUCGGGAUCCAACGUCACGCUUCCUCCAGGUCCAACGCUCGUUAAAGAGAAGGUAACUCGAGCUGCGCAACCUGUUGCUUCUGGAUCCAAUGUCCACCUCCCAUACUCGCAUUGGGACAGCGACGAAGAAAUGGCGCCGGCGAUCGCUGACGAUCUCAUUGCGCGGGUGGGCAUCAACGUUCCAGCUCCUAUCCGCACCGACCACCAGGACGGUAACGGGGACUUCUACGGUCGAGGCCGCGAUCUCUACGUUGGACCUCAAGCCAAGGCUGAUGACAUCGACAAAUUCCUACUCGAAGCUGGAAAUGCAGAACAAUUCGAUGGAAAUGCAAGCGUCGACAAGGCGCUUGAACGACUUGGCUUGUCAUCGCAAUACGACCUCUUGCCGGGGAUGGAAGUUGCCCUGAUGCCACAUCAGACCAUCGGUGCCGCGUGGAUGCUCGACAAAGAGCUGAGCUACUUCAAGGGCGGCUGUUUAGGCGACGACAUGGGUCUGGGAAAGUCGUUGAUGUUUCUCACAACCAGGAUUGCCGUCAUCGUGAAGAAUCAGUCGACGGAUCCGAUCUGCAAGACGACCCUUAUCAUCGCACCCACGGCGCUGCUUGAUCAAUGGAAGAUGGAGAUCGAGCUCAAGACUAACUGCGAGCUGAAGUGCUUGAUUUAUCAUGGAUCCUCAAAACCACGAAAGAAAUCAGAGAUCAUGAAGUACGAUAUUGUCUUGACUACUUACACGACAAUGUAUCUUGAGUGGCCCGAUUUCGAAGCGGAGCAAAAAAAGAAAGCUAAAGCGAAGCGCCAAAAGAAAAACGACGACUUCAUUGUCUCUGAUUCUGACGAUGACGAUGGAGGUAAGAAGAAGGGAAGCAAGGCUAAGAAGCAACAAAAGGGACUGCUCUUCGAAAUUGACUUCUACCGCAUCGUCCUCGAUGAGGCUCAGGCCAUCCGUAAUCGGCGUACUCGCCAGUCUCGAGCAUCUAGCGAGCUCCGUGGCACCUAUCGGUGGUGCUUGACAGGCACUCCCAUCAUCAACAGUCUUGUUGAUGCAUAUGCGUACACGAGAUUCCUCAAGAUCAGGCCUUGGUAUGACUGGACUGAAUUUCACCACCACAUUGGGUUAUUAGAGAAGAAAAAUCCUGCACUUGCAGUUGUUCGGCUUCAAGCUAUCUUCAGUUCAUUCCUUCUACGUCGCAUGAAGAACUCUCUUUUGGACGGCAAGCGCCUCGUUGAGCUGCCGAAGAAGACGGUUGAGCUAGUAAAGCUUGAGUUUUCGCAAGAGGAGAGGGAGAUUUAUACGAUGGUUGAGGCCCGCUCACAGGCCAAGUUCAAUCGCUAUCUAAGAGCUGGAACAGUUCUCAACCUUGCUUACUCCUCUCGAAGGAACUACCAUCAAGUCCUUGUGCUUCUCCUCCGACUUCGACAACUUUGCUCCCACCCGUCGCUUAUCCAAGAAGACGGAGUAGCGUUCGUCCAUCCGGAUGAGGUCGACAGCUCCAAACCUGAGCUUGCCACAGAGCUUUCCCGCGCGAGACGUCUUGUGUCACCUGAGUUCGUGACGAAGAUGAAGGCAAAGUUUAGGGAAAUGACCUUGAAACGGAUGGCUGCUGAAAAGGAAUCUGCCGACGCUGCUCUCGAGGACGAAGACUGUCCCAUUUGCUAUGAUAAUCUGGAUGACGCCGUCAUCACGCCUUGCACUCACAUCUUCUGUCGCAAAUGCAUCUGCGAUGUUCUCAAUACCCCUCAAGUCGAAGGAGGCGAUGGUGCCACAUUUAAAGCUGAUGAGCGACCAUGCCCUGUAUGUCGAUCCGCUGUUGUCAAGGAGAAGCUCUUCAGCCGCGUCGCCUUCGAGCCCUCUGAUGCCGACCUUAAUCUCAUCGGAGAACAGGAUGAAGACGUUGUGAUGGUAGAUUCCGACGACGGGCCGCUGAAGAAGAGGAAAGCAAAGUUCGCUGAUUCGGACGACGAACCCAUUUUGAAUCUCAAAGGGAAAGGAAAGGCAAAGGCGAAGAAAGUUCUCAAGUCCAAGUCCAAGUCCAAAUCACGCCGUCGCGUUGACGACGACGACGAUAUCGAAUCUGAUUUCGAAAGUGAUGAAGACGACGACAUGAGUGACUUCAUCGUCGAGAGCGACGAGGACGAGGAGGAGAAGGAUGUCCGUUUGGCUUUCAAGAGGCGGCUUGGAAAACGCAAGGCCACCAUCGUCUUGGAUUCGGACGAGGAGAUGGAUACUCCUGAGGAACAGGAGGUCAUCUUUGGUCGCAAGAAGAAGGUGCCGGUUUCUGAAGAGGCCAUUCGCCUGAUGCCAAAGUUCUUGCCAUCGACGAAAAUGAAGUUUAUGAUGGAGGUUCUCAUCAAGGGUAUUGAGAAGCGCCCAGAGGAGAAGACUCUGAUUAUCUCCCAAUGGACUGGCUGCCUCUCCCUCGUGUCCGCUUACUUGACAGAGAAAGGCAUCAUCCACGUCAAAUAUCAAGGUGACAUGAACCGCAACAAGCGUGAUCAGGCCGUUCGUGUCUUUAUGUCAAAGGACAAGGCCCGUGUGAUGUUGAUGUCGCUCAAGUGCGGAGGUGUCGGCCUCAACCUUACGCGAGCGAACAACGUCAUCUCGCUCGAUCUCGGCUGGUCAAGAGCAAUCGAGGAUCAAGCCUUCGACCGCGUUCAUCGCCUUGGCCAGACGCGGCCCGUUGAAGUCCAGCGUCUCGUGAUCGCUGACACUGUUGAAGAUCGCCUCCUGAAUAUUCAAGAACGCAAGCAAUCCCUCGCCGAUGGAAGUUUGGGGGAGGGCACGGGGAGGAAGAUCAAGUUUACUGUCAGGGAACUUGCCAAUUUGUUUGGUUUAGAUGCUCGAGGUCGUGUUCUGGCUCGUCGUUAG